AUGAAUACCAGACCUAUCCUCGACUCGGACACAGGCCCAUUCGUUCUCUCGGCCUCGUUCAAUGCAGACUGCUCUCACUUCUCGGUCGCUCUUGAGACGGGAUUCCGCGUCUUCUCGUCAACAACAUGUGAGGAAAGGAUAGCCAGAGAGGUCGGUGGCGGCAUCGGCUGCGCAGAGAUGCUCGGCAACAAGAGCUACAUUGCCCUGGUCGGAGGAGGGAAGCAGCCCAAGUAUCCCCAAAACAAGGUUCAAAUAUGGAACGACAAAACAGAGCGUUUUACCACGUCGGUCGAGUUCAAGACGCCUAUCCAGCGCGUGCGCCUGUCGCAGACGCACAUGGUCGUUGCGCUGCUGAAUUCGGUAUGCAUAUAUAAGAUGAAAGUACCUCCAGUUAAGACGGCCGAGUAUGAGACGGUCAACAAUCCAUUUGGGCUGUUGGAGCUAGGCUCGAAUAUUGUUGCGUUCCCCGGUAGAGCCGCUGGACAAGUCAAGAUUUACGAUCUGAACACGGGCAACGUCAGCAUCAUCCCCGCACACGAAAGCCCACUACGCGCAAUCGGCAUAAGCAGAAGUUGCGAUCUCAUAGCAACCGCCAGUGAACAGGGUACCAUCAUACGUCUCUGGUCAUUCCCAUCCUGCACCAAAAUAGCAGAACUUCGCCGAGGCGUCGAUCCCGCUGCCGUAUUUUCUCUUGCGUUCUCUCCGGACGGCUCGACGCUCGCUGUAACCUCAGACAAAUCUACACUGCACAUCUAUGAUCUCAAGACAGCAACUGCCACAGCGCAAGCCGAUCCAGCACAGCACAAGUACGGGAUCCUAUCUAAGAUCCCACUUCUACCCCGGCAGUUCUCCGACACGUAUCCCACGGCCACGGCCAAGUUCGAAAUGGGAGAUGAGCCUACCUCUUGGGGCCCACACGGCAAAUCUGCUACCCUGAGUGCGGGCAUUCCCGGUGUGCCCGGUGGUAGGCCUACAAAAGGAUUGAUUGGUUGGCUAGAUGACCAGACUAUACUAGUUCUUGGCGCUGGGCAAGACGCUCGGUGGGAGCGCUUUGUCAUGGGGGUUGACGAUAAAGGGAAGAAAUGUCUUGUUGCAAAUGGCUGGAGACGCUACAUCGACUAG